UCUGGCCGCUGUUGCAAUGGCGUUUGCUGCGACAGCACUUUCCGGCAGUAGGGAAAUUGAGGAGAAAGCAGCGACAAACGUCGCCAGCGGAUACGUUACCGCCUCAAAUAUCCUCGGAUUUAUGCGAUAUUCGGCGAACUAACGUGUAUAUUGAUUGUAUACACCUUCGCCUUGUCGAUGAGCUCGUGUUCAACGAUUUCCAAGCGUGAAUCUCCACCUUAAUGCGGUGGGAUGGCCACAGUGCCGCCUGGGCCUAGUAGCUCACUGCCCGCAUCCCCGGCUGAAAUUCCUCCUUUCCCCGGGGCCGGGUGCGCGGAGCCGGCAGGGGAAGGCGGAGAGCCGGCCUGCUACAGGGAGGACUGUGUUCCUGCCGGUACGGGUAAGACGUCGGAGCCGGUAAAGGAGAUCAAUAGGCCGGUUAAUAAGAAGCAGAACAACAUGCUCGCGAGAGCUAGCCCGGCGGCGCUGCACCUCAAAAUGAAAGCCCGAGAGCAACAGCAGCUAAACGGCUUGGUCAGCCCGUCAGAGGACGCCGACAGCCGCCAGCACGCGGGGAACCGGCCUGACAACCCGAGACCGUCCGUGGGCAACUGUGACAGCGGCGACGACGAGGCUCCGGCCGCCAGAAACAAUAGCGAGCGUUGCCAACGCGAAGGCCACAGCCCCUUCUCUAAAAACGGCCGUCACUCUCCUUUAGUUAACAAUAGCAUGAACGGGAUGCCGGGUUACACGAGAACUGAGGCGGCCUACGGACACCCGGGGGACGGCGGCGACGAGGGGUUCGACCUCACGGAGCCACCGAGGCCGCCGGAUGCCGGGCCCGGCCGAGAGGAGAGCCCCGGCGACCUGCAGCCGCCGGUGGCCGAGCUGGCCCGGCUCGACCUCAGCGGGUCUCCGGGCCGAGCGGAAGAGGACAGCCACGGCAUCCGCUAUGUCCGCUACGAGUCUGAGCUUCAGAUGCCGUGGAUCAUGAGACUGAUCACCAAGGACUUGUCUGAGCCUUAUUCAAUUUACACCUACAGGUACUUCAUCCACAACUGGCCGCAGCUCUGCUUUCUGGCCAUGGUGGAGCAGGAGUGUGUCGGAGCCAUCGUAUGUAAGCUCGACAUGCACAAGAAGAUGUUCCGCCGUGGCUACAUCGCCAUGCUGGCCGUGGACUCGAAACACAGAAGGAAAAGCAUCGGUACUAACCUGGUGAAGAAGGCCAUCUAUGCCAUGGUGGAGGGUGACUGUGAUGAGGUUGUCUUGGAGACGGAAAUCACCAACAAAUCGGCCCUGAAGCUGUACGAGAACUUGGGUUUUGUCAGAGACAAGCGGCUGUUCAGAUACUACCUGAACGGAGUGGACGCGCUGAGGCUCAAACUGUGGCUCCGCUAGAGGGGACGAAGAGGGGACGGGUGAGGACGGGACCGCGGGUGCCGUCACCUCGUACGCUAUCGGCUUGACGGUCUCAGCCCAGCCCUGGUCAUUUACACACACACACACACACACACACACACACACACCUGUGUACAAACAUAAGGAGUAUGCACAGACACGCAAACCCCAUUUUUUUUGUCCCUGACCUCUGAACAACUGUUGUUUCGGACUGACAUCCCACCUGAUCUUCUCAUGAAGGGGGCCCCCUGAUACUUUCUGUGAGCAGGAGGGGGGGGGGGGGGGGGGGGGGGGGGAACUAGAUGACCUUCAAGCUUGGAUGCCGCACUGAACCGGGGGACACAAGUCCGAACCCCCAGAGGACAAGGCACCGCACCAACUCCUCCUGCAGAACACGGGACAAAAAAAACAAAAAACUGACUUAAAUUAAACAGCAACAUGUGAAACGAGGAAGCCGGGCAUUUUAAAAAAAAAAAAAAAAAAA